ACUUUGUUCACUUGACAGAAAGUAGGAGGGUUUUAGGAAACAGGAAAACGAGUAAAGGGAUAGAUAUAAAUUUUAGUAUAUUUUGUGUGCAAUUCAAAGAAAUUAAUGGCCAUGAGUUCCUAUUUGAUCAACUCCAACUAUGUGGACCCCAAGUUUCCACCGUGUGAGGAGUACUCCCAAAGCGACUACCUACCCAGCCACUCUCCGGACUACUAUAGCGCCCAGAGGCAAGAGCCAUCGUUCCAGCAUGAGUCGAUCUACCAUCAGCGGUCGGGCUGCGCCGAUCCACCCUACUCGUCGUGUCAGGGUCCAGGGCAGCCCGCUGUGGUGAUGUCUCCUCGGGGUCACGUACUAAACUCAGCUACACUCUCGACCCCUCUCCCAGAACCAAGCCACCACUGCGACUCGGUAACUCCAAGCCCUCCGCCUGCUUGCGGUCAGACCCCCAUUAACCAAAGCACUCCUUCGGCUACUUCUCGAAAGGAUCCCGUGGUGUACCCCUGGAUGAAAAAAGUCCACGUAAAUAUCGUGAGCCCGAACUAUUCGGGGGGAGAACCCAAGCGCUCGCGCACGGCUUACACACGACAGCAAGUUCUUGAGCUGGAGAAAGAGUUCCACUACAAUCGCUACCUAACUCGCCGGCGAAGGGUGGAAAUUGCUCAUACCCUUUGCCUCUCCGAACGACAGAUAAAGAUCUGGUUUCAAAACCGGCGUAUGAAGUGGAAGAAAGACCAUAAGCUGCCCAACACGAAGAUCCGCUCCAGCAGCUCAGCCAACUCGAGUUUAAACGGCGGCCCCUUGUGCAGUAAUCAGAACCGUGCUAGCGGACCUCCACAGACUCUAUAGCUUGCUUGAGCUCAUCAGAAAGACACACAUUUUAAGACCUCAGUUUUAGGAGUGAGGCCCUAGCAAUUCUCAACCCUCUCAUCGCUUGUAAACGACAUGGAUAUAACACGAGGUUGGGUAAUGAUAAGGUGCACAGGGAAAAAUAUUUUAAAACACAAAUGGGGUGAAGACUCGAACUCAAACACUUCCACAUUUGUGCUCACUUCCAGUUCAGUUCUAUCCUGUGCCCUUCUUGGUUCCUGCUCCCUCGACCCCUCCAUAACAACAGAAGGCAGCAGACAGUUUUCAGAUUUGGUGAAGAUGGAUCCCUGCUUCAUCUUUAAUCAUGCCAAACUCAGUCCCAUUUGUCAUGUUUACUCUGUGGCACAAAGGAUGAACCGUAGGCCUGCCCAUUACCUCGACGUCUAGAAUUGUGCCUAAUAAAUGAGUCUCCUUGUUUUGUCAAGAGCCAUUUUCAAAACCCCCUUUCUUUGCUGGCUUGUAGCCUACAAAAGUAGCCGAACAUUGUUCUCUUAAUAUGAAGCUAUUCUUUCUCUCUAACGUUACUCUUACAUUUAAUACUUUGUUUUGCCAGUGGGGUUGAUUAAGAUUGUAUGAGAUCUAGAUGUCCUUCCUUGGAUAUACGAGAGCCUUACUGGUCACGUUUGUGUCUAGUUAUUUAGCGCAUUUCAAAUUUAAAACAGGGAAAUCAGACGGUGUGUACGAAAAUAUUUGAUUUAGGUAUUAUUCAUAUUCAGUUGAAAGUAAGAACAGUUGAAUCAAACUGGGCAUAUAGAUAACCAAAACAAUACAAUGCAAAACUAUUUAAAAUGAGCACUGCUAAAUACUAUUUGAAUUACCUCAGUUGAUAGUUUUUUAUAUAUAUGUAUAUGUUUUUGUUGUCUAGUUUUAUGAAGUGACAAGUUUGAAGUCAUUUGGUCAGAAUGCAAUUUUCUGCAAAAAUAUCAGCAUUUAUUUGUACGUUGCAAUGUAAUUUAAAUAUUCGUGUCGCCAGGGCUGUGUAGAGAAAAUGCGUAUAUUGCAUGAAUGAAUGAGCUACACUAUUUUUCGUUUUUUCUAUUACCUCGUCUUUAAGUUUCUGUUUUUAUUCUACGUCAAAUAAACAUA